UUGCUUGGCACAAUGGAGUCUGUCUCUGCUGGUGGCAUAAGACAAUUGCUCCUCGGGAGGAACCGCUGCUUAUCAUGCUCAAGGCGCUAUCUUUCCCCCAAAAAUCCACUUUCUCUUUCGCCCGCAUUCCCUGCCAGGCAUUAUGCCUCCACUCCGAAUAACCGACGCAAGGCCACACAUAAUAACAACGGCUCUGACGAUACUCAAAACGACGGGAAUCCACUAGAAGAUUCAGAAUCAACUCAAGCGCAUCCAAUUUCAGGGUACUACUCGCUUAUUCUCUCGGCUCCUUCUCCCUACAGUCAAGCGACUACUUCACGUCCCGCUGCCGAAUCCCCGACGCCAGUUGAGCAGUCCCCGCAAGAGAAAAUGUCUAUUGUCUUUGGCAGCCGUCUUACUAGCCCCGGCCGCUCUUCCCGCUAUAACCCGAGUACCACCUCUCCGGAAUCGAGUUGGAAAACUGUUAACGGCGUACCAAUUCCACCGAAACCCGAGGAGCCUGAUAAUUGCUGUAUGAGUGGUUGCGCCCACUGCGUGUGGGACGACUACCGCGACGAGAUGGAGGAUUGGGCUGGAAGACUUGUAAAGGCCAAGGCCAAGGGCGCAUCGCAAAUCGCAACAGCGGAGAUACGUCAGACACCGAGACCCGAGGUUGAUUCUGCUAGUACAAGCAUGGACGACGAUGGUGGCGGCAGUGAUACCAACUGGUCUAUACCGGAACAAAAUGAUGAUCUGUUUGCCAGCAUACCCGUGGGAAUCAGAGAGUUUAUGAAAACGGAGAAGAAACUCAAGCAAAGACAUAAGGAUGAAGCCAACGCGUGAGCGGUCGAGUCGAGAACUUUGAUAUAAGAUAUUGGCUUGUUUGGUCAGCCUCUGGAUAUCUACUGCUUGAUAUUACAUACUCUGUGUCCUUUGACCUUAUCGGACGAUCUUUUGUGGAUAUAUAGACCAGAUAGAUUAUAUGUACAUAGUCACAACGAUACCACGAACCCGCAAAACAAACAAGAAUCUAAGCAAACGACUAGAAUAGAUCCCCUUUCCCACCUAUCAAAAAGACGAUCAACAUCCAAUGUCAACAGCGUCAAUUGACGUUGCUAAGGCUACUCCUAUUGGUCCGUGC